AUGGCCUCCCAGCAGUCGCGGUGCUACAGCGUCUUGUCCGUGCCGAGUUCACGGACUCGGCCUUCAGGAGUGACCAUAGAUGACGCCUUUCUCCUAGAAGCCAAGAACACCCAGAAACGCAAGCUUUCUCAGAAACGGAAUACUCUGCCCUUUCAGGUCUCCAUCAGUGGGAACCUGUGCCCGUGGCCCACAUACACCACUAGCCAGACCAUUUUGCGCAAUGUAAAACCCUGUUCAGAUGGCUACCAGAAACGAACAAGUAGCUGGCAGCAGGAGCCCUUUGGCAUUGCCAAGCCCAGGUACCUGGAGCAGCUGGAAAACUACCUACGCAAGGAGCUCCUCUUGGUGGGAUUAAGCAAAGAUUCUGCCCAGGAGCUGAAGCUGCAGCCUUACAGAGAGAUCUUUGAGUUUUUCAUAGAGGACUUCAAAACGUACAAGCCGUUACUGUGCUCCAUCAAGAAUGCAUACGAGGUGAUGUUAGCCCACCAAAGGGAGAGGAUUCGGGCUCUGGAGCCCCUGAAGGCCAAGCUUGUCACUGUGAAUGAAGACUGCAAUGAGAGGAUUCUGGCCAUGAGGGCUGAGGAGAGACACGAGAUCUCCAUGCUCAAGAAAGAAAAGAUGACGUUGCUAAAACUCAUUGACAAAAAGAAUGAGGAGAAGAUCUCAUUGCAGAGUGAGGUGAGCAAACUGAGGAAGAACUUGGCUGAGGAGUACCUAAACUACCUCAGCGAGCGAGAUGCCCGCAAGAUCCUCAUCGCAGACCUGAAUGAGCUGCGGUACCAGCGGGAGGACAUGUCAUUAGCCCAGUCCCCAGGCAUCUGGGGGGAGGACCCCGUGAAGUUAACACUGGCUCUGAAGAUGACCCGGCAAGACCUGACCCGCACGCAGAUGGAACUCAACACCAUGAAGGCCAACUUUGGAGAUGUGGUACCCAGGAGGGACUUUGAAAUGCAGCAGAAGACCAACAAGGAUCUUCAGGAGCAGCUGGACAGCCUGAGAGCCGACUACGAAGAGGUCCGCAAGGAGCAUGAGAUACUGCUGCAGUUGCACAUGAGCACGCUGAAGGAACGGGACCAGUUCUUUUUCGAGCUGCAGGAGAUCCAGCGCACCUCCACUCCACGGCCUGACUGGACCAAGUGUGAAGAUGUGGUGGCUGGGGGCCCAGAGCGCUGGCAAAUGUUGGCUGAGGGCAAGAACAGUGACCAGCUGGUGGAUGUGCUCCUGGAGGAGAUCGGCGAGGGGCUGCUCCGGGAGAAAGACUUCUUCCCUGGUCUGGGCUAUGGGGAAUCUGUCCCCUCUUUCCUUCGGUUUGAAGGCCUUGUGGAGAACAAGAAGCCAACCAAGAAGGAUGUGGUAAACCUCCUCAAGGAUGCCUGGAAGGAACGUCUCACACAGGAACAGAAAGAGAAGUUCCCAGAUUUCUUCUUUAAUUUCCUGGAGCGUCGCUUUGGGCCCAGUGAUGCCAUAGCCUGGGCUUAUACCAUUUUUGAAAAUAUCAAGCUCUUCCACUCCAGCGAGGUCAUGAGUCAGUUCUAUGCAGUCUUGAUGGGAAAGAGAAGUGAAAGUGUGUAUGUCAACCAGAAGGAGACAAUAGCCCAGCUGCUGAAGGAAAUGACAAAUGCUGACAGUCAGAAGGAGGGGAUGCUAACCAUGGAGCAGUUCAGCACAGUUCUCAAGAGUACCUUCCCUCUCAAGAAGGAAGAGAAAAUUCUGGAGCUGAUGGAGGCAGGGGGCUGGCAUCCCAACAGCGACAAUGCAGACUUCCUCAACUACCGCGCAUUGUUUCUGGAGGAUGAGGAAGGCCAGAGUGAGCCCUUUGUGCAAAAGCUGUGGGAACAGUACGUGGAUGAGAAGGAUGAGUACUUACAGGAGCUGAAGCAGGAGCUGGGCAUUGAACUCUACAGUGAUGUGACCCUACCCAAGCUACGUGGGGCCCUGAUGAGCAUCGACUCCAGCCUGGACAAGCAGACUCUGAAUACCUAUAUCAGCCAGGCUUUCCAGCUCCCUGUGUCAGAACUGCCAGAGGAGGGUGAUGGGAAGGAAGAGGGCAUUGUGGUACGGCUCCAGACUGCACUGGAACGGCUUCAGGUGAUUGACGUAAGGCGCAGGGGGCCAAGAGAGCAGGAGCCUGCAAGCUAG